AUGACCCGCUUUGUCACGGAUUGGCUUGCACACCACAAGCCAGGGAAGGGGCACCCGGAACGCACAGUCAAAUCGUUCGCCUUUCAGGAGGCGGAGAGUAUCAGCCGAAGGGCGAAGGUGCGUUGGGCCGCGCGCAACGGCCACGCAGUGCUGUCGUUGCAGCACGACGGUAUAGUCGUAGCGGCCAAGAGAGGGAGUGACGCCGGCGACGUGGCGGAACAGAUGGCGAGGGCGAGUGAGGAGGCGCUCGGAUACCGGCAGCCGUGCGAGCUGAAAGAGCAAGAGCCUCCGAGCGGAGUAGCGAGACCGCAACUGGCGACACGCGAUGAGGUGGGAGGGGUAGUGCCGGGGCUAGGAGAGAUGGAAGGCUCGCCCCCGAGGCACGGCGCGUGGGUAAGAGACGCCGAACUCCAGGAGGAUCCGCUUACGCGCUUCCUACUGCGGUGGGACGAGUUUGAGGUCGGGACACGGGCGCUGUCCGACAGAAACGGGACGCAGAUUAUGAUGGGCAAGGAUAAAGAGCCGCUCGGCUCGGAGAAGGGCCGUGAGCUCAACGCGGAGGUUGCCAGGAUAUGCCUCGCGCUGCACAGAGCGCGGCCAUUCACGCACCUCGCUGCGACGGAUGGAGGGAGAGACAUGCCAAACAAGUGGGUGGGGGAUAGGUUCGUGCCGCGACCAGUUGUGUCGUAUGGGGUGUACGAAGGACCGGCCCGAUUCGGGAGACCCGUCGAGGGAUCUGAACAGCUCGAGAGCGGGGACGAUGAGCUGCGGCUCGCGUUUGGGCAGGGGCUGUGGGGCGGCAAACUGCCAGACGACUGGCAGGUGAUAGACGCGGAAAUGUACGCGGUGCUGGCUUACCUGCGUAAGAUGGCAACGGCGGAAGAUGCGGCGGACAGGAGGUGCCUCGUCCUGAGCGACUGCAAGCCCGCGCUACAGCAGAUCGAGGCGGCGUACCGAAAAGGCUCUCUCGAGGGGCUCAGGGAGUGGGAGGCUCAGUUAGAGGGGAUAUGCAGAUAUCGCGCCAAGCUCGAAUCUGUCACGUUCCUGUGGGUACCGAGCCACGCGGGGUGCGCUAGCAACGCCUACGCCGACGCCGCGGCGACGGCAUACAUGGGGGCCAGCGAGAUUGAGGAUGCCACCGCCGUCAUCCGUGAAGCAGUGAGGACACGCCCGUGCCUGUACACGGACCGCCGGAGGAUGGCAGACAGAGAGUGGGGGCGGGAGGUACUGGACCGGAGGACCUAUUACGCCACACGCGGCCACACGAACGAGUGGGUGCGAGGACGGCUCGGCGAGGGGCUCACGGCGGGGUCGCACACGGCAGGGGUGACGGGGCCGCUGUGGAGCGAUGUGGUCAGGGGAACGACGAGACACAAAUGGGACAAGCGUCAGCGGAUCAAGGAUCAGCACGGCGAGCGCGAGAUCCAAUUCGCCGACGUGGAUGAUCACAACGUGGUGACAAAGACCGUCAUGGGAGCGCGGGUGCGGCAGCAGGCGGGGGUGCCACACGGAGCGCACCACGAGAGGAUCAUGCGGGGAGAGGCGGGGAGAGAUACCCCGGGAGCCGCCACAAGGAGCGAACUCAGGGGCUGCCUCGUCUGUAAGGCCGCGAGGGACGCGGCGAGGAGGGCGGCACUAAAGCGAGACCCGCUGUGUCCGAUCGUGCGGAAAGCCGCGCAGCAAUGGACCGAGGAAGAUGAGAACCCGCCUAGGGCGACAAUGGCGCACUUGCUUAUCGGCGCCUGCCUGGGGAAUAGGGAGCAGGCCAGAUGGUUCCUCAGAGCAGCGCGAGCGCAGACGGGGACGGCGAUCAGCAAAGUAGCCCAGGCGGCACCCGACUCCAAGGAUACACUGAAGACGCUGAGGAUAGCGCAUGUCGCUGCGCUGAAGGGCUCACGCUAUAGGGCGCUGGAUGAGGACGGGUACGAGGCACUAGCCCCAGCCGUCGGGGGGGUGUUGCCAGCACUGGUAGAUGACCUCUCGGAGAAGAGCCGGAGGGACCUUGGCGCCGGGGUCACGAGGAACUUGCAAGUCGUGGCCGAGGCGGCGACGGGAGCGGUGCAGAGGUGGAUCCAGCUCAACGAUGAGGCUACCGCGCGCAUAAUGAAGAGAGAGGAACACAUCGAGUGGCUGAGGAAGCUCUUCGCUGGGUGGAAGGAGGCCCGGCCAGCCUCGAGGGAGUCGCGGAGGAAGAGGGAUAACAGAGGUAACGUGGGGACGGGCCAACAGCCAGUGGGACGAACGAGGGCCACGACGGCGGCCCAAGCGGGAGGGAGCGGAGACAGUGGGCAGCGAGCGAAGUGGGUGAGACUGAUGAUGCUCCUUCGACUUAGGGAGCGGUUCAGCUGCUGGGCGGGCUUCAGGGUGGUGCUCACGCGAAAAGGAAUCCACGCGAUGUACAAAGCAUACAACAAGAGGAGAAAGAAGAGGACGGACAUCAGUGAUGACGAAACAGAAGCUAGCGCAGAAGAGAGCAGGGCAGACCCGGGGACUGGGGAGCCGGAGCGGACGGCAUCGGCCGCCGAGGGAACGUUGGGAAGAGGCACGAGGAGGGCGGCGACCUCAACCGACUAUGGAGGACCCGUCACCAGACGACGCAGAGCAGACGACGGUGAGGCGGAGCAGACGCGCAGGGCGAGACGAGGGAGGGAGCAGGAUGUUGCGGAGAUCAGCAGGAGGAUGUACGACGAGAUUAGGAGCAGCAGGGACCCGAGGGACCAUGUGGAAGACGGCUAG